CCUGGAACCUGGUCCUGUGGGAACCUGUUUGUGGGGAUGACUAUCAGCGGGUGAAAUGAAAGUCUAUGUGCCCUGCUCUGCCUGAAGCCUCUCCGCUUCACUGUGGACAGCCUGUUGUUGCCGGGACAGCAGCUGAUUUCCUGAAGCAGUUAGACAUGCACCAAGGACGCCUACGCCUACGGCCCUGGCUGGAGGAGCAGAUCCGAUCCCAGACCUAUCCUGGAGUCACCUGGCUUGAUGAAGCAGCUGGAGUAUUUCAGAUUCCAUGGAAACAUGCAGCUCGUCAUGGCUGGAAUAUAGAUAAAGACGCCACUCUGUUCCGAAACUGGGCAAUGCACACAGGGAGAUACAAACCUGGCGUUGACAAGCCUGAUCCGAAGACAUGGAAAGCCAACUUCAGAUGCGCGCUAAAUUCCCUGCCCGACGUGAAGGAACUGCACGACAAGAGCAUUAAGAAGGGGAACAAUGCCUACAGAGUGUACAUGAUGCUCCCUUCCAUUAAAGCUCCCAAACGGAGGAAAGGUCUGAGAGAAGUACACAGCGAUAUUAAAUGUGAAGACAGUGGCCUGUUUUCCUUCUUAGAGACCCCUCAGUCAGACAGCUGCUGUCCCCCAGAGAGGUUUAACGAAGGCAUCUCAAAAUACAUGAGGGAUAAUAAUAGUGUGGGAGUCACUGGACACAGCCCAAGCAACUUUCACAACAGCUACUAUCCACCACUCACAAUGAAGACAGAGCCUGACGAGCGCUUGAACACACUGAGAAUUUCCUGUCCUUCCAGUAAAAACGGUAAUCUAGAGAAUACCUUAGUUGAAGAUGAGCAUACAAAGGCUGUACUGAAGAUAGUAGAUCACCUGAAAACCAUGGAGCAGUGGAAUGAUUGCUCUAUCAACAACAAAACCUCUAGACAAUUCACCAGCCCCUGGAUGAGUUUUUACAAUGAAGGGGUUGGCUACUCAGGAAAUCUGAUGCAGGCUGACUACCAGGUUUGCAGUGGGGAGCACAGACCUUCUUUUCCUGACCAGCUACGUCCACACUCCACCAUGAUGUUCGACCAGUAAAGAAGAGACUAUACCACACUGAAAGCUGCCUGUCACUAUGCACCUCCCACUACAAAGGAGAAAGCCUCCAUCUUGCACCUGGGGAACAUGCAGUCAAUUUGGAAUUAAACCCUUUCCAAAUGCCACUGGACAGCUCUGAUGUUACCCUUUAACAGGAAUAAGCUAAGAACUCACAGUGUUGCACAAUGCCACGUUUUACUAUAACCAUUAUUAAUACUGACUUUAGCCCUGAGAUACUACAUUUGUGGUAUGUUUAAGCUGAACUCUAACUGCUAGACCUCUUUCGAAGGAAACAAUCUUGGUAGGCCAAACUCUAAAUGUAAUCGUUGUUUCAAAAAACCCUUUUAAACCGGAAUCAGAUCCAUGCAGCAAAAUAAAGCUAGACUUUCUCAUGAAGCAACGAGGGAAUUGACUGCAAGGACGUCUGUGGACUCAAGGAGCUCUGCUGAUUUUCCUAGCAAAUGUACAAGCAAAGUAUUAAAUUUAAUGUGCAGAAAACACCAUUGUUUUGUCAUUUAUCCCAGUUAUGUGUAAGAAUAAUAAAAAUGCCUUAUAAAUAAGUUUUGAAAUGAAACAGCCUUAAGUUUCUUAUUGACAUUUGAGAAGUCUGUUCGAUGUAAUGAGAACAGAAAGUACAUUUACUUAUUGCCAAGUUUCUGAUGCAUUUUAAACAUCUAUGUUUUCCUUUUGGAUAUUUCAAUUUGAAAAAUUUGUGACCUUUGAAAAACCUUAUUUCGUACACUUUGGAUUUUGUUUUGGACUUUGAUGUUGUUUUUAAAAUGUUUUACCCAAUCUUUUAUGUAUUUGGUGUGAAGUUAUUCUCCUGUAAAUAAAAUGAAUAAACUUGAGUUUAAAUACUACAGCUUACAAUGAGUGCAGAAUAAAUCCUGUCUUAAUUUUCAGGGGUUGGAAUAGUCAUGAUUAAAUGUAUUUUUGCCUUUCUGCAAAAUGAUGAAAUGUUUAACAUUUUUAAAAGUAGUCCUGGCUAUGGACAGAAAAUAUAUAUAUUAAUGUUGUAACAAUGUUUCUAGAGUUCAUAAAGACAGAAGGGCUUUUCUUUAAAUCAGCUUAAAGCAUUUGAAGUAAAAAAAUAAUUGAUGGGUUUCUAUUUGAUCAUCUUCCUCAAAGGCUUCUGCUCUUUAAAUACUGACAUCUGUCACUAUUGUAUAUUUUUUUUUAUCUAAGUAUGGGUGUCAAAAUGGACUGUUUUGUCCACCAACUUACAGUAACUACAGCAUUUAUACUUCACAACAGAUUCAAAGUCAUAUCUUAAUGUGCCAUUACAGCACAAACUGCUACAAAUUGGCAAAGAACUUCCAAUGUAAGAGUAUACAGAAAUGUACCUCUAUAUCCCAUGUUACUUUUGCAACAUAUAACAUUUGGCCAGGCUUCACAUCAACUACAUCUAUACACUUGCUAGCAGUGUGUAUUUUUAAGGGGAAACAAAAGUGAAUUUAUCUUGACAUGACAGAUAAGAUAGUUAAAACACAGAACCUCUUAAAAUCUUUCAAUAAUGGUACACAUCACACCUUUUAAAUAUUAAUAUUGGCUUCUCUCUAAAUACAGCGAACAACUUUAUAAACUUGUUCAUAUUCUGUACCUUUUGAUAAAUGCUACCAGGUAAAUAGUCAAUAAACCUAGAAAGUAUUCGGAUUACAGGUCAAUAAAAAAUAGGAAAAUUCAACCUCUUUCCAUAAGUAAAAACAUACGAAUUUGAAUCCUGCAGACAAUUUAUAUAACAAACCAUAGGUUUUCAGAUGCUGGUAAACAGAUGUGUGGCAGUAAGAAUAAAGUCUUUUUCUCUCAAAAUAUUUUAAAAUCUUUGCACAUCCAGCACUGGCCAGACAUUCAAACGGAUGCAUAGACAACCAAAGCUUCAGAGAAAAUCCUCAAAAACAUCUGAAGCACAAGAGAGUAUGGGUCGGGCGGCACAGAGGCGCUGUUUUUUGCAUUGCUGUCCUGUGGCACCGGGGCCCUGGGUUCAGUACCUGACCUGGGGUGCGAUUGGCAGGGAGUUUAUACAUUCUCUCCGAGCUGGGUUUCCUCUGGCUGCUGUACUUAACACCUGUGUUACUACUAAACACAGUAGUUUCAUCUUGAGCUACUUCAAUGUUCAAUCCUCAAACACAGGCACAUCUGGCUAUAUUGCUAACUUAAUAAUCCAUGCUUCCCUUGUCUUUCACAGGCAAGUUUAAUUUUGACUGUCUGACAGAACACUUCCACAGAAAAAGACUGCAAUGCCAAAGAAUCUAGAAGAAGCUGUGAUAACCAACAUGAUUUAAAACAUGAUGACAAGCAAAUGUAAUUUCCAAUUAAAAUAAAAAGUCGCCUCUCUUCUUUCAUCUUUGGCCUGCAGCACUGAUGCCGUUGCCAAUUCACCUUUCGAGACUUGAAAGUCACUUAAGGUUCUGUACCUUGCAGGUAUCCACACAUAGAUCGGUACUGUAUUUGUAAGGACAAUACUGACAAUUCUUAAAGGAAGGAUAAUAAGAGCAUCACAAAUGGGUUCAAAUUUGUACAGGUACUGAAUGCCUACAGGAUUUGUGGCCAAUUACACAAAGUUUGCACUUGUACGUCAUUUUUAUCACCUCUGGAUCAACCAGUGAACACCCAAAACCACAUUGUUUUUUAAUUAUGUCUUUCAUUUCGAAUACAUGGUUACAUACUACUAUGACAGUGGAUGACUUAUUUGAUAGGCCUCAUAAAAGACAAGGAGGGCUCUCUGCAAUAUCUCUGCUUAGAUCUUCUGCCUAUAAUGAUGCUAUUUAUUUAUCUUCACAAGUGUAAGAUGAUACCAGAGCAUGAUUGGAAUCCUUACAGAUUUAUCAACGUUAAUUCUUAGCACGCUACGUUAACAACCGACUUACCUAAAAGUACAUUCCCAAGUGACGUAGACAACCGAUCUUCAAUUUUCGAUUUUUCAGAAAAGAGAAGUGGAAUUGAAGAGAAUUUAUUGAAGCAGUCUGAAAAAAGCACACACAGUCCCCUAAUCUAAGCCCCUCUAUUGGAUCCUAGGCACCAAUCUCACUUGAUGAAAAGCACAAAGAGCAGAGUAAAUAUCCAGGAGCACACCUUACAACAGCAUGGAGCUAUCUGUUCUUGCUGAGUCAAGUGAUCUGAAAAUUCAUCAAGUGCUGCAAUCGAUCUUGAAAUGGAAUUGAACCUCAUGCCAGUCUUAAAUUUACAUUUACAUGCGCAAGUUUCUGCCCUCAAAUAAACUGAAAACACUAUUGCCUCCUUUGCCCUGUACUUCAGUUGUCACCCUUUGCAGAAGAGGUCUUUUGAGACUGGUGCUGGAAAAUUAUUGUAAAAAUCAAAUAAAGCUAAAAACUUAAACGGGACAUUGCCCAAUUGCUGUGAGCUUUGGAAAGUCAAAAAUCUCACUAAUGAAAAUAACUUAUUGGAGUGUUCUGAAGCUUACUAAUCUCAGGAGCUUUUACAUUUACUCUGGCAGAGCAGCAGCAGCUCUUUGUAAAGAUAAGAUUCUGCUGGAAGUUCACAUUUCACCCACUAGAAUACAACACCUGCAAUGACUAAUGACAUUUUAGAUGAUAAUGAAAAGAGGAAUGAAAUUGUCACUUGCUGCUAAAGGGAGGCAGCAUCCAACAAACACCUGCUUCGUUCCAUACUUCACAUAUACAAAAAGCAGAACCUCUUUGAACUGUUAAUACAAGCACUGAAACCCCUCUUUCAUUUGUGCCUCCCCCUGCCUGUUGAGUUCUUGUUCUGGUCUCUCUCAUUUCCAACACACCUGAAAAAGCUUGCACAGCCCAAAGGUUUGACUUUUCCCCUUUUCAGCAUAUAACUCGGUGCUUUACUCUUCAGAUUAACAGGUAUAAACUCACUUAAGCUUUGCUGCAAAAGUUAAAAUUGUUGCUGCUGUUUUUUGCAAUCAUAUAUAUACAACUAAUGACACCUUCUGCAAAGAUGCUCACAAGAACACCUUAAUAGUUCCUUUCAUUGAUCUGAGAGCCAGCUACCUGUGAAAUCCCCUCCCUUACUUGAUUCCCUGGACCCAAAGUGAGAGCAUAUUGCUAAUGAUUGAUAAUCAUAUACCAUUUGCUUCAUUAUUAUCCGUCGCUUAUUUUUGAGAGGUGCGUGCUGUUAUGUAAUGUGAGUGAUCUUUCAGUAACUAAACCUUUAAUUAAACUAACAAGUUGCUUGAUUGGAACAUGUGCAAGUCUUGUUUUUCCAGCUCAAAGGUUUAGACUGUUAAGUUGUUUAUGAAAUUCAAUAACUAAAUGGCGGCCUCCAACAGGUUUAAGAGAAAAACAAUCAGUUUAACUAAACCCCAUUUCUACAUCAAGUGUUCAGCUGUAACUGAGUGCUUUGUGUGUAGCACCCAGUGAAAACUGCCGCUUGCUAUGCAAUGUGUUGUGGAGAUAUGUUGUGUAUUGCUUCUACAGUUACCUCACGGUGUAGAAGCUUGAGAAGUGAGUUUUUUUUAAAAGAAAAAAAAGGAAAAAUGGUUUUGGAGGGAGUGUGUCCUUCAUGGACUUUGAGGGGAAAAAAAACGUUGUCCAUCCCUGUGCUGUUCAGGAGCACAUCAAAUAAAUUAAUAAGAGGUGUCAGAGUUUGGGGGGUAACAUGUGGGCCUCCAGGACUUGGAACAUGUAAACAACACAACCUCGGUAUCGUCUGGGUUUAAUCUAAGCUGAGGGAAAAAAAGUUUUAUCCUGAGUAAAAGGGUGUGGUGAGAGAAAG